AUGCCGAUGAAUCCUCAGUUGGAUUCAUCAAUGGUGGAUUUACAGCUUGAUAAAGGACAGACUUUUGACCAAGAUAAGAAAGGGAGGUUAGUGGAUGAUGAAGACACUGUACUGGCUACAAGUAAUAUGGCUGUUAGCAUGUCACAGCCAGCUGAUGCUCUGUCAUACGGAACAACUCUUGAAUCGGGUUUGGAUGAUAAGUUAAAUGAUGCCUUUGUGAUUGAAUUGCAAAAAGACUUGGAUAGGAAAUCGAGUCAAUUAGACAUCGCGGAACUGAAGAUCCAAGGUUUAGCGGAUGAGGUUUCGAAGCUUGGCAAGGAACUGGAGAUGAGUCGGAAGCUUCUUGAUGAAUCUCAGAUGAAUUGUGCUCAUUUGGAGAACUCUCUACAUCAAGCGAGAAAAGAAGCCCAAACCAAUCUAUGUGCUGCUGAUCGUAAGGCUUCGGAGUACAGCACAUUGCGGAUCGCUGCUGUCAAAAUGCAUGGGCAUUUUGAAAGGCUGAAAAAUUGUGUUUUGUUAGCUGGGUUGGCAAAUUUUUCCGAGUAUUUGCAGGAUUUAGCUCAAUCUAUAGGCAGUGUUGCCGAUGGAAGUGAAGAUGACGGUACAACCGAGUUCCGUGAGUGUCUUCUUAUGCUUGCUGAUAAAGUUGGUGUUUUGUCUAGACAGCGUGCUGAGUUGCUCGACAGGCACUCCAAAACCGAGGCUGCAAAUGAACAGCUUAGUAAGGAGCUAGCUGAAAAGAGUGAGUUAGUCAAUACUCUUUCCUUCAGGCAUCAACUGGAAAAAAAGCAGGGGAACAAAGAGAAGAUAUCUUUUGGUCGGCUAGAAGUGCAUGAAAUAGCCGCAUUCAUUCUAAACUCCACUGGCUUCUAUGAGGCGAUCAACCGUAACAACUCUUACUAUUUUCUUUCGUCCGAGUCUUUGGCCUUAUUCACUGACAACCUCACCAGCCGGCCCAACUACAUAAUCGGCCAAAUUGUGCAUAUUGAGCGGAGGACCGCCAAAUCAGCGCCCUCAUCAACUUCCGAACGUGCUGGCGACACCAAGGACAGAGUUGACAUUCUGAUGUCCGAGGUGGGGACCAAACAGUUGACCUUGACUUCAGAGAUAACACAGUUAGAAAAUCCGUACGGGCUUACGGUCGGGUGUGAAUAUCUCUUAGUUACCAUAGCCAUGUUACCUGACACGACGAUUCAUUCGCCUCUUUCCUGA